GUGUUACGCGAAAUGCAACAAUACAAAUCUUGAAGACGGCGAUGAUUUCCGACAAACGUCGAUGAUGUUAGAAAAUGCGGAGAUGCGAAUCAAAACGGCUUUGAAGUCUGUCUUAAACCAGAGUCUUCCUUAUCUGAUGAAAAUUUCCGAAGAAGUGAAGGUAUCUUUAUCUUGCACGAAGUCUUCCGUUCUCUUCCUGGAAGACUUGAUGAAACUGAAAGAGUGGCCUCUUCGAAUGAUUGAUUCUUUUGGAAAAUUACCGGCAGGAAUGUUAGGAGUAACACUAUGGAUACCGGGAGAUUAUGACCAGUGUUUAGACAUAGAAAUUCCUCAAAAUAAAAAAGAUAUUACCGAUAAAGAAACGGAACAGGUUCGAGGCAAAUACUGUGCCCUGACAAUUGGAAUGCAAGAAUUACUGAAACGUAUUGCAAAGUCGAUUCAUAAGUUGGAAAAUAAUUCAUUGAUUAAACUAGCAAAAGAAAUUAUUGAACCAAUUAGGUUUGAAGAUACGUUGAAAACAGAUUUAGUCGAUACAAAGAUGGAAAUACGUUUCGAUGUGUGCAUUCCGAGUACAUGCAGUGAUAAAGACUUAAGAAACGUUGGGAAUUGGAUACUCGGGACAGCAAUAGACUUUAACGUCGGAUAUUGCAAAAUCAAAGAUGAACGUAUUAAAUACAGUAACGGACAAUUGAUAUCGUUAAUUGUCCUUGGCAUGUUUAUUGCAUGGGUAGGAUUGGCAACGUUAACAGAAAUAUUAAUGAGACUUCAUAUUAUUCCUUUGAAGGCAAGUGAAGGUAGAUUUUUUGAGUAUAUUCUCGGAGCUUCACCUUACAAAUCUCUACAUAAAUUAUAUUCGACGAAUCUCGACGAGAGUACAAAAUCGAUCUGCGGUGUAAAAUUUCUUCUAGUAAAUAUUGUGGUGUUGGGACAUUUAUGCACGGUAGGAUUGUUUCCCACAAUAACAGGUAUUUUUCUUUUACUGUAA